AUGGACCUUCAGGACAUUCAAACGUACAUGGUCUCGUCCAUGAACGAGAUCACAUCGACUUUUCAAAAGGUGCCUGGUUCGGCCAUGCUCAUCCGCUAUAUUCAAUCAAGUUAUCAGGAUGAUCCGGUCAGAUCUGUUAUUGAAUUGAUUCUAGUCAUUUUCUUCAUUCGAUAUUUGUUAGCCCCGAGUUAUGUGACGCACAAUAACAAUUUUGUCCAAUUGACUGAGGAGGAGAUUGAUGAUUUGGUGGAUGAAUGGCAGCCAGAGCCGCUGGUUUCAAAGAUGACUCCUUUUGAAGAGGCGGACAGUGAGAAAACGCCCAUUAUCGUUGGACCUACAGGUCCAAAGUCGAAGCUCUUGAAUGGUCGAACAGUCACGAAUCUCGCAUCCUAUAACUUCUACAAUUUCGUUGGCAAUGAGCAAGUCAAAGAAAAGGCUAUCCAAACUCUCCGGACUUAUGGUGUAGGGCCUUGCGGACCUCCUCAAUUCUACGGCACUCAAGAUGUACACAUGAAAACAGAAGCGGAUAUUGCGUCAUGCUUGGGAACUGAGGGGUGCAUUGUGUAUGCACAUGCAUUUUCUACGAUUUCUAGUGUGAUUCCGGCAUUUUGUAAAAGAGGUGAUAUUAUCGUGGCCGACAGAGCGUGUAAUUACUCGAUCAGGAAGGGUCUGCAGAUUUCUAGAAGUACGGUGAAAUACUUUGAACAUAACAACAUGGAAGAUUUGGAGAGGGUACUACAGAAAGUCAUCAAGGAACAAGCCAAAAGACCAUUGACUAGAAGGUUUAUUGUCACAGAGGGAUUGUCCGAAACAGUUGGUGAUUGCGUUGAUCUGCCUAAGCUGAUUGAGCUGAAACUCCGCUACAAAUUCCGCCUGAUGUUGGACGAGACUUGGUCUUUUGGGGUUCUUGGCAGAACUGGUCGCGGUCUUACGGAAGCUCAGAAUGUGGAUGCGUCACAAAUUGAUAUGUUGAUUGGAUCAUUAGCUGGACCUCUAUGUGCCGGAGGUGGAUUCUGCGCAGGCUCAAACGAUGUGGUAGAGCAUCAGCGCAUCACAGCUGCUUCCUAUACUUUCUCCGCGGCUUUACCGGCUAUGCUAGCUACCACUGCAAGCGAAACGCUCAACAUGCUACAGACUAACCCUGAUGUUUUGGUCCAAUGCAGAGAGAAUAUCAAGGCAAUGAGAGCUCAGCUUGAUCCGAGAAGUGAUUGGGUUCACUGUACCAGCGCCAUUGACAACCCGACACUAGCAAAUGGAGUACUCAUAACGCGACUCAAAAGUAUGCCAAUCUACUCGGGCAGUAAUGGCAAAGACGAAGAGUGGAAAUUACAACCAGCACUCAAAGUAUGCAUCACGACAGGACUCACGAAAAAGGAGAUUGAAAAGGCUGGUGUUGUUAUUAGACAUGCUAUCACGAAAGUCAUGACCAGAAAGUCAAGUAGUAAGUUGGCUUUGCCACUAGCUUAG